GGCGUCUGUUGAGGGCCCAGUCUUCGAGAACUAUCUUUUACAUUUAAGUUUCAAGAAACGCGGUGCAGAGCACGGCCCGCCAGCUCUAAACUAUUUAUUUCAUCACGCAAUAAAAAUCCAAAAUACAAAAGACCCGGCACACACAAUAUCGACUAACUGCAGUCCAUCCCGCCUUCGCCAUGCUGUUACGACUGCGCUCUCCCGAUGGCAUGUUCCGCCUGACGGUGGAGAAGGACGAUACAUUUGGCGAACUUGUUACCAAGCUUGUCCCACAGCUCCCUCCGACCGUCGAUCCAAAAUCCAUUACCCUCUCGAAUCAUCCCAACGGCGGCGACGCGAAGAAGAUUGGGGAAAUCGCUAAGUUCAAAAUCACCCAAGUUGGGUUAAGCCACGGCGACCUCGUCUUCGUCAGCUACCAGCACCAAGAAUCUGUGACAAAUGGCGGGACAGUAAGCGAUGGUCUACCAACGUCACUCCAGUCAUCCACAAACCGGCUCAACGGAAAACCGAUUUUGCCGACCGAAGACCACCCGAUCGACCCGCCGCCCAACACAUCUGCCGAACGGAUCAAGAACCCUUGGGAGGUAGUCAGGCAAUCUCCGCUUGACGACAGGCUAGACAGGCAAGAUGGCAAGAUUCCAAGGAAAAGGGAUAACAAGAUGUGUCGCCAUGGGGCGAAAGGCAUGUGCGACUACUGCAUGCCCUUGGACCCUUUCAACGCCCAGUAUCUCGAAGAGAAGAAGAUCAAAUACAUGUCGGUGCACGCCUACAUGCGGAAGACCAACUCAGCGACAAACAAGCCAGAACUUGGGAGCUCCUUCAUUCCUCCACUUGUCGAGCCCUACUACCGGGUGAAGCGCGACUGUCCCUCGGGACAUCCCGAGUGGCCCGAAGGCAUCUGUACAAAGUGCCAGCCGAGUGCUAUCACACUCCAGCCACAGCAGUUCCGUACGGUCGAUCACGUCGAGUUCGCCUCGCCACAGAUUAUAGAUAAGUUCCUGGACGCCUGGCGACGGACUGGAUCGCAACGUUUGGGCAUUCUUUACGGCAAAUACAUGGAAUACGAUGUGGUACCGCUCGGCAUCAAGGCCGUGGUCGAGGCCAUUUAUGAACCCCCUCAAGUCGACGAGAUGGACGGGGUUUCGCUCAACGCGUGGGAGAACCAGGAAGAGAUCAAUACCAUUGCCAGGCUCUGCGGAUUAGAACAGAUCGGCGUGAUCUGGACGGAUCUCAUCGACGCAGGCAUGGGAGAUGGUAGUGCCGUCUGCAAGCGCCACGCCGACUCCUAUUUCCUCGCCUCUCAGGAGGUUGUAUUUGCUGCGAGGAUGCAAGCCCAACAUCCCAAGCCGAGCAAAUGGAGCGAUACCGGCCGGUUCGGCUCCAACUUCGUCACCUGUAUCAUCUCGGGCAAUGAAAAGGGCGAGAUUUCCAUCUCGUCGUACCAGAUGUCGAAUGACGCUGUCGAAAUGGUUAGGGCAGACAUUGUCGAGCCUUCGGCUGACCCUACCCAGAUGCUCGUCCGCGAGGAGGAAGAGGACGACGGCUCGACGAGCAGGACGCGGUACAUCCCUGAGGUGUUCUACCGCCGAAUCAACGAGUAUGGCGCCAAUGUACAGGAAAACGCUAAGCCAGCAUUCCCCGUCGAAUAUCUCUUCGUCACCCUCACCCACGGGUUCCCCGAAGCGCCGAAACCAGUCUUCAACAACAUUGCAUUCCCCAUCGAAAACAGAGAGUACGUCGGCGAGGCACAGGAAGUCUCGGCCGUUGCCAAGGCGUUGAAGGUGAACCAAAAGGACGACAGCAUCAACGUCUCUGACUUCCACCUCCUUUGCUACAUCCACGCCAUGGGCGUUCUGGCCAAGGAAGAAGAAGCCCUCCUCUGCCGGGUCGCCACCCAGCACGACCUGGCCGAGUCCUUCCAGCUGCGGUCGACCACGGGGUGGAAAACGCUGCACAUGAUCCUGCAAUCCACUGGUGAGAGACUUCCCAAGCGCCCCCGCCAGUCCGAGGACGCGGCCGUCGUCGUCGGCAACGGGAGCGGGAGCGGGAGUGGGGGCGGCCAACUCGGCGACGGUGCCGCCGCUUCUUCUUCCUCUUCCUCGUAUCCCAAUGACGACGCCCGAGAACCCCUUGCUAAGCGUUUUGCUGCUGUCAGGCUGAACGGACCCCGCCGCGAGGACGACCCGGCUUAGUUUACGAGGAACCGGUUUGGACCAUGGAGAGAGUGGUUUGCGUAGGGUUGGGCGUGGGCAUGCUCGGAAAGAGGCUGGGUUUCGUGACUUAGAGGAUACGGACCACCAAGGGAAGAAGGGGGGACGGACAUGAUGGAUACUACGGGCUUGGAGUUGGGGUGUGGCUAGGUAAUAGACGAUUACAAGGGAACCGUGGUGGUUACUUGCUUGACGGGUGCAUGAAUGAUAACGGGCUCCUUAUUCACGAAACAACCCAAGCGAUGAUUUAUCC